AUGUUUAUCACCGGUAUACGGGGUACAAGGAUGGAGUCGAACGUUACCUUGGUCGACAAGGGAGCGUAUAUUCUAGCCAUAGGUAUGAUAAUAAGUGCGGCCUCGAAUUUGGCGUUGACCCUGUUGGCCGCUGGACGGAUAUGGUGGAUUGCUCGAGGUGUUAGAUCGUCCAAGACUCAUGUUCUGACAGCUGUGAACAAGAUAAUCCUCGAAUCUGGGAUGCUUUACCCACUCACGAUGAUCGUACAUCUGAGCAUCACGAAUGCAUUUCCCGAUUAUCAAAUCCCUUUGGACACUUUGAAUCUGGUCGUCUUAGCUGCUGGAAUUGCACCUACUUUGAUUAUCGUUCGUCUACGUCUCGGCGUCAGUUUCUCGGGGGAUGGGAGCGUGACUCAGCCACCUCACUCUAGCCUAUUCUUGCACUCGAUCCUCCAACCAACUCAAAGGUCAUCGUACUUUUCCCGACUGUCAACGGUGCCAACGGUUGGUCGUCACACCUCCGUGAUAGAAGGUGAUCACGUCAAACCUCUCCCCAGAGCUUUUCAGGCAGUAAAUGUGGUAUGA